AUUUUCAUGUUUCUGGAUUGGGCUGCUUUGGAGAAACUCCGUCACAAAAUAAGAAGAAUAGAAUGAAAGACCCACUUAUCCUAGCGACAAAACACGGCAUCCAUGAGAUGGUAGAGGAAAUCCUUGAAAAAUUCCCUAAUGUUGCAACUACAUUUGAUGAGAAUGGAAGAAACAUACUGCAUAUUGCAGCAUAGUUGAGAGAUAGAAUUCUCUAUGACUACUUGAAGAAGACUGUUAAUCACGCAUAUAGGAUGAUGGCCGAUGUUGAUAAGCAUGGGAACACCAUCUUGCAUCUUACAGCCUAUGAGUGCAAGCAGGGUCAUUUUCUCACAACUCAUUUUGGACCUAUAAACCGAAUGUCGUGAAAUAUGUUUUGGUUUGAGCGUGUACAGAAUGACUCUCAUCCACAUUUGAUAUAUCAUUGAAACAUUGAGGGCAAGACACCAAAAGAAAUAUUUGAGGAACAGCACAAGGACAUGAUAGACAAAGCUGAGAAAGCAGUCAAAGAUAUUAAUAGCUGCUUGAUGCUUGUUUCUACUCUAAUUGGCACGGUCAAUUAUGCAGCACUUUUUACUAUCCCUGGUGGUUUCGAUCAAGGCAAGGGCCUGCCAAUUUUUUUCACAAAAGCAAUAAAUGGACGAGAGGAUCUGCAGUUGUUCAUGGCUUAUGUAGGAGGAAGUCUGGUUGCUUCUUUAUUGGGUUUGGGAACUCAGCUUUCAAUACAAGUGUCACGGUUCAAUAGCAAUGAUUUUCACAUUUCAUUGCCUAUGAAAUUUCUUUAUACAAUCACGUCCUUGUUCUAUGCUGCAGGCUUCUCAAUCACAGCAUGCUUCCAAAUCUUCAUCAUCGAGGGUGCCUUCAUAAAUUCAUAUUUUGCGGUGAUGGUGGUUGCCAGUAUAUUUAUGACCCUUGUUUACAUGGACGCAUUAUACUUGACCUAUGAUUACUUGUACUACAUAAUUCAUUAUUCGCUUGCUUAUAGAGGCCCAAAAAUGUUGGUUUCAUCAGUCACGGACAAACCAUGAAACUGUAAAUUUGAUGGGUCGUUUGAAUUUCUUUGGCAGUUUUGAAUCAGCAGAUUGAGCGGAUUUAGGUGGGUUACAACAUCUCUAACGGCUGUCUCUGUACCUAGUUUGGUAUUUUCUUUUUGAGUCAGUGGUUGUUGUAUUGAAUUUUGUGUGUUGUGCAACUAAUAAGUGUGUGACUAUAUUCCAUUAUACUAAUUC